ACUUUUUCUUUCUUUUCUACCUCAGACGGCAGGAAAAACGCGCGCCCACUUUAAAUCCAUGCGCAUGCGCAGUCGUGUCUCUCGCCCACUCGUGCCCCCUCCCUCACGCACACACAUUUGUGCAUCCCGUCUAUUUUUUUUUAUGCAAGGGAGGGAGCCGCGCGCGCUUUCGGAAAGCGGUGGUGGAUUAUUAUUAUUAUUAUUAUUAUUAUUAUUAUUAAUAUGGUGCUUAUUAUUAUGAUGCCGAUGUCGAACACGGCGGACUAUUGGCAUCAUCAUCUUCAUCAUCAUCAUCAUCGGCUCCCAUAGGAAGGAGUCCGCCGCCUGUUUUUUUUUUUUUUUUUUCUUUUUCUUUUAGAUUAAUUUUCUUUAGAAUUUUUUUUUUUAAUUUUUUUUUAGUAGAAUAUUUGCUUCCUGGAACGCCGAGACCUGCCGCAACCUCCGCUCAAUGCCGUUGGAACAUGUCCUAUGUUCCCAUUCAAGAUGCAAGGUGUGCCGCCCCCCCCUCCUACCACCAGCACCACCGUCACCUCCUGCACCUCCACCACCACCAGCAGCGCUCCCAGCAGGUCCUGGCCUUCCACGGCGCCCCCCCCGCCUACGAGCGCCCCCCCUACGGCCGCCCCUCCUACGAGCACCCGUCCGACGAGCGCCCGCCGCCCGACCGCUGGAACGCCCGUCUGCGCGUGAGCCCCGGAAAGCCCUCACACAUGUUGGACCAGGAAGAGGUGCACCCUCUGCUGAUGCGCGAGCGGCGCUCCGAGUCGCACAGGAACAAGCUGCUGCGCCGCACGGUCAGCGUUCCCGUUGAGGGCCGACAUCAUCCCGAGAUGGAUCACCGACCUCGGCGGAAGAGCAUCGCCACGGGGAAGCAGCCCAGCAUGGACGUCCCCCCCACCGCCCCCCUUCAACCCUUCCGACAGUCCGUGAGUAACCCCCCCGCCUGUUCCCUCUCGCUGCCCCUCGCGCCCCCCCGCGCCGCCGCCCGCGCUCGGGGCCGGCGGGCCGGCGGCACCCCGCCGCUCGCCCCCUCGCCCCUCUCCCCGGCCGCGUCGUCGGCCCUCCGGCUGCGCCGCGAGAAGGACGGCGGCGCGCCCCCCCUUCCCCGCUCGCUGCCCCUCUCCCCUUGCCUGUCGCUCCCCCUGCCCCGCUCGCCCUCCUCCUCCUCCCCCCCCUUCUCGUACUGGGGCGGAGACUGGAGGGCCGCCGCUCGGAGUCCCGCGGCGGGAGGAAGCUUAACUGCAGCGCUGCCCCCCACGGAGAGUUUCCUGAGCAGGAGGUUGAAGGGUUCCAUCAAGAGGGCCAAGAGCCAGCCCAAGCUGGACCGAACCAGCAGCUUCCGGCACAUGAUCCUGCCUCGCUUCCGCAGCGCCGACCAGGACAGGACGCGUUUGAUGCAAAGCUUCAAGGAGUCGCACUCGCACGAGUCGCUGCUGUCGCCCAGCAGCGCGGCCGAGGCGCUGGACCUCACGCUGGACGAGGACGCCGUCAUCAAGCCCGUCCACUCCAGCAUCCUGGGCCAGGAGUACUGCUUCGAGGUGACCACGGCGUCGGGAACCAAGUGCUUUGCGUGUCGCUCGGCGGCCGAGAGAGACAAAUGGAUCGAGAACCUGCAGAGAGCCGUCAAGCCCAACAAGGACAACAGUCGGCGUGUGGACAACGUGCUGAAGCUGUGGAUCAUCGAGGCGCGCGAGCUGCCCGCCAAGAAGCGCUACUACUGCGAGCUGUGCCUGGAUGACAUGCUGUACGCGCGAACCACCAGCAAGCCGCGAACCGACACGGUCUUCUGGGGGGAGCACUUUGAGUUCAACAACCUGCCCGCCGUGCGAAACCUACGCCUGCACCUCUAUAAGGAGACAGACAAGAAAAGACGCAAGGAAAAGAGCACCUAUUUAGGCCUGGUGAGCAUCCCCAUCUCCAGCAUCACGGGGCGUCAGUUUGUGGAGCAGUGGUACCCCGUCAUCCAGCCCAGCGUCCUCACCAAGGGGACGGGCGUGGGCGGCGGCGGCAAGAUCAUCAACGCCUCGCUGCGCCUCAAGUCCCGCUUCCAGACCAUGAACAUCUUGCCCAUGGAGCUUUAUAAGGAGUUCGCAGAGUACAUCACCAACAACUACCGAACGCUCUGCGCCGUACUGGAGCCCGUACUCAGCGUCAAGAGCAAAGAGGAAGUGGCCUGCGCACUGGUCCACAUUCUACAGAGCACCGGAAAAGCUAAGGACUUCCUGUCGGACAUGGCCAUGUGCGAGGUGGACCGAUUCAUAGACCGGGAGCACCUUAUCUUCAGAGAGAACACUCUGGCCACCAAAGCCAUCGAAGAGUACCUCAAGCUCAUCGGACACAAGUACCUCAAGGAUGCCAUCGGGGAGUUCAUACGCGCCUUGUACGAGUCGGAGGAAAACUGCGAGGUGGACCCCAUGCGAACGCCUCCCUCCGUGCUGCCCGACCACCAGGCCAACCUGAGAAUGUGCUGCGAGCUGGCCCUCUGCAAGAUCGUCACUUCCCAUUGCGUGUUCCCGCGCGAGCUGAAGGAGGUGUUCGCCUCGUGGCGAGUGCGCUGCGCCGAGCGCGGGCGCGAGGACAUCGCCGACCGGCUGAUCAGCGGCUCGCUCUUCCUGCGCUUCCUGUGUCCCGCCAUCAUGUCGCCGUCGCUCUUCAACCUGACGCAGGAAUACCCCGACGAGCAGACGUCGCGCACGCUCACGCUCAUCGCCAAAGUGGUGCAGAACCUCGCCAACUUCUCCAAGUUCGGCAACAAGGAGGAGUACAUGUGCUUCAUGAACGAGUUUGUGGAGAUGGAGUGGGGCUCCAUGCAGCAGUUCCUCUUCGAGAUCUCCAACGUGGACAGCGUGAGCAACGCCGGCGGCUUCGAGGGCUACAUCGACCUGGGCCGCGAGCUCUCUGUGCUCCACAGUCUCCUCUUGGAGGUCAUGGCCCAGCUCAGCAAGGACGCCAUCAUCAAGCUGGGCCCUCUGCCGCGGCUGCUGAACGACAUCAGCAUGGCUCUGCGCAACCCGCACCUGCAGCGGCAGCCCAGCCAGCAGGCGGAGCGGCUCCUGUCCCGGCCCGCCUUCCACCGGGGCAUCUCGUCCGAAUUCCAGAACCUCCUGAUGAGGGACCUCAACAGCUCCAUGGACAUCACCCGCCUGCCUUCCCCGACCUCCACCGGCGGGGUGAUGCCGUCCCGCUCCCAGAUGAGCUUUCAGGACCGCGACCGCCUCCUCCACCGAGCCUCGUCCAAAGACGUGUUCUACGUGUCCCGCCCCCCGCUGGCUCGCUCCAGCCCCGCCUACUGCACCAGUAGCUCCGACAUCACCGAACCCGACGCCAAGGAUUCCCGAAUGAACAGCGUGUCUAACCUGCAGUCGGUGGACAUGCUCAACUCCUCCCAGGCCUCCAUCGCCGGCAUGGGCAGCUUCGGGGGGCUGAGCGGCGGAGGCGGUGGCGGCCUGGGUUCGGGCCUCGGCGGCCAGCCGCGGGCCGGCGGCAGGCUGUCGGGCGGCUCCGGCGUGUCCGGCGGCCUGCGGCCGAGCCGGAUGAGCGCCGCCGACUCGCUGUCCCAGCAGCAGCAACAGCAGGCCGCCGCCAUGCGCUACCCGCUUUCCUUCCAGAAUCCCCUCUUUCACCUGGCGACGGCGGACGGGCCCCGGCACCCGCACCGGCAGCCGCAGCACGGGCGCGCUCAGCCCCCCGCGCCCCUGCUCCUGGCCCCCGAGCCGGAGCCCUCGCACCCCAGCUACGUGCCGCAGUUCGCCCACGGGGGCUUCUCCCGCAGCGAGGACCUGUCCACCCUCAGGACCCGCGACGGCCACCUGGGCCAGCCCAGCAUCAUCCACUCGCACAGCUACAGCGACGACUACGGCAGGGCCGACUACGCCCGCCGGCAGAUGUCCGUGCACAUGCAGGACAACAUGCAGCAGCAGCAGCAGCAGAUGAUGGGCCUGACCUCCCAGACGGGCACCUCCCACUCGUCCUUGGCCGCCACGCCUCCCUCCACGGUCCAGCCCCGAGGUCCGCCGCCUCCCGCCCAACGGGUCAAAUCCCAGACGUCCCACCAGCUGUCGGUCAGCGCCGCCGCCGCCGCCGCCGCCCCGGUCAAGUCGCGGCCGCAGAGCGGAAACCUCCUCCAAUCGCCCGAGUCGGCCUACGGGGCCGGGAGGCCGCAGCACGGCGGAGGCGGCCGGCAGCUGUCCGUCAAGGACAACGCGGCGCCGGGGCUGCCUCGCCAGCAGAGCUCGGUCCGGGAGUCGGGGAGCCCGCAGGGCACCGGCAGCCCCGCCGCUCAGACGUCGCCCCAGCAGCAGCAGCAGCAGCAGCAGCCUCAGCCGCAGCAGCAGAACCUCCUCAAGCCCAACCUCGGCAAACAGGGCUCGCAGGCGCCUUCGAGCCUCAACCCGCCGACGCCGGCCAAUGAGCGGACGGUGGCCUGGGUGUCCAACAUGCCGCACCUGUCCGCCGACAUCGAGAGCUCGAGAAUCGACCGCGAGGACUUCAAGCUCAAGGAGUACUCCAAGAGCAUGGACGAGUCGCGCAUGGACAGGGUGCGCGAGUACGAGGAGGAGAUCAACUGCCUGAAGGAGCGUCUGGUGAUGUCGCACAAGAAGCUGGAGGAGUACGAGCGCCGCAUGCUGACGCAGGAGCAGCAGACCAACAAGAUCCUGCUCCAGUACCAGAACCGGCUGGAGGACAGCGAGCGGCGCCUGCGCCAGCAGCAGCUGGAGAAAGACUCGCAGAUCAAAGGCAUCAUCAACAGACUCAUGGCCGUGGAGGAUGAGAUUCGGGGAGGACACGUCAUUGAGCCAAAAACAACCAGGAUUUUCCCAGAUCAGGAGAACCAGCUUUCCUCCUUGGGUUCAGCAGACCCCGGUGUGAAAAGCCACGAAGGAGGAAGCGGCCCUCGGCACCUCCUCGGCGUCUCUUCUUCCUCUUGCGACCGGCCGGCGGAGAGCUCCGUGGCGACCGGACCGCCUGACACGGCCCCGGGGGGGGGGGGGGGGGGGGGUCGCAGCGGGGUUAAACGCAGCACUGAGAGAGAGAGAGAGAGAGAUGCUCUGAAAGUAUUUUUCCUGCGCACACAAAAAAAACCAAAAGGGCUUUCUUCAACUUUGCGCUCUUGCGGGACAAGAUAGCGACACACGCACACACGCGUUUCCCUGCAGGAGGUCUCGCACCCCUUGAGUGGUCCUCAGUGCCUUGAACUCGGCCAGUAAGACCCCCCCUGGUCCGCGUUUGACUGACAGCUGUCUGACUGACGAGCUUUUCUUCUCUUCUCAAUAUCAGAACCCAAACUGGUGCUAAACAACAAACGGUGCAAUUGGUGUGUGCGUGCAUGUGCGCGUACGUGACCGGCGCGCUUUUUGCGUUCAUUCUGUGUCGUCGUCGUGAAUCCUGUCGUGUCAAACGUGUCUUGUUUUGUCUUGGAAAACAAAUCUGCUUGAUUUGCUUCGCUUUGGGCAGCGGCGGCCUCGGCCCUUAGGGGGCGCUGAGCCAAAUUGGAUUUCCCACCAGCGCGUUGUCACCUCUUCUUGACGACAACUGAAACCGAUAUUGCGUCGGUGGAGACACACAACUGCGAGAAUGUGCACAAAAUCCACGAGCAAUUUACACUUUAAAAAAAAAAAAAAAAAAGUGUUAUAAAACCACUCGUUUUAUAUUGCACAGUGCGACAGCCUGAUGAAAUGAAAUGAAAUGAAGCUCCUCUCUUCACUUCAACAUAGUUCCUUGGCACCGAGAUGACACAAGAUGGCAGCAAAGCAAUGCUUUUAGAUUAGACAGUGCUACGCACAACCUAAAUGGAGCUCUUCAGCUAACUUCAGCGUAGUUCUUUGGCACCAAGAUGCCACAAAAUGGUGCCAAAACCCUACUUUUAUAUUGAGCAGCGCUACAGGCCUGACCUCUCUUCACUUCAACAUAGUUCCUUGGCACCGAGAUGACACAAGAUGGUGCCAAAGGCAAUACUUUUGCAUUGGACACGUUAAACAAAUAACAAAGGAUAGGUUUAAAAAAAAAAGGGAAUAUUGAAUACGCCGGGGGGGGGGGGGGGGGCGUGUCUAGGAUGGUGAUGUUUGUGGCACCUUUUUAAUUUCUCGGUUUAGUGUGUAAAAAAAGACAAAAAAACUUUUUAGGACACUUUAUAAGCAGCACCAACAAAAUAUAAUCAUAAUAAUGAUUAUUAUUUUGAAAAAAACAAAACCCAGGAUGUCCAAUGUCCUUUUUCUCUGUUUUGUUCCAACGUGUUCCAUGUUCAUCGUGUCGUUGGCUUGUCGUUUGGAGCUUCACACUCUAGGGGGCGCUCCGGCAAAACGGGGUUGGGGGUUGGCUCGGUAGUGGAGUGUGGGUCGCCCACCAUUGACCUUGGCUCAUCGGAUGAAUCUUUUUGACCACCAAGGGCCACCGUAGUCCUUAUUGCGCAAUUCACAGAUGAGCCAAAAAGGAGUCAAGAAUGGAUUUGUUUCAAUACCAUCAAAAAUGUUGUUCAUGUCAAAUGUUUUUUUUGUUAGUUUGAAAUUGAGCACUCCCUCCCCAAAUUUGGAGCCCCGGGCGAGCGCCGCCCGUGUCACUCCCGACCCCAAAUUGUGGUCAGCUGCUAAAAUUGCUAACGGUUCUUCGGCUCCGAGGCAUGCCACAACACGACACCGCUGAGCGUAAACCACCUCAGCGACUCACGUAACCAAUCCUUAGGACGGAGCUCAAAACAAAUUGAGGAGUUUUUGUUUUUGGGGAAGGAUGCUUCAUGAAAUGACCCCCGUGCCACGCCCCCUCCCUGUGUUUCUUCAGCCACUCGCAAAGCUUCGUGGAGGACAGUGCGGAAGCUAACUGGCUGAUGCGCCAACAGCGCCACGCGGCGGGCUGGCACGGCCAAAUGUCUCGCGCGCUUUCCCGCGACGCUAUUGGCUGACAAAGGGAGAACGCAGGCCACU